AUGAUUUCCUCUUUCUUGACAUCUCUCGCUGCCCUGAGUAGUCUGCUUGGGCAUCCUCCCGGCCCCCCCGGCUCCCAAUACAUCGACUGGAGAAACUUCAAAGCCAACGGCGUGAAUCUCGGCGGUUGGCUAGUCCAAGAAUCAUUCAUCGAUGUCCCCUGGUGGAACGCAAACUCCGGCGGCGCGACCGACGAAUGGGGUCUCUGCAAAAACCUAGGCUCUCGCUGCGGUCCUGUGCUAGAACAAAGAUAUGCCACCUGGAUUACUUGCGCCGACAUCGAUAAAUUGGCUACUGCAAACAUCAAUGUUCUGCGCAUUCCGACGACUUAUGCGGCGUGGAUCAAGUUGCCGGGUACACAGUUGUAUUCUGGAAACCAACAAAAGUGGUUGAGAGAUAUUGCUAUGUAUGCGAUUAACAAGUAUAACAUGCAUAUCGUUAUUGACAUCCACUCUUUGCCUGGCGGUGUCAAUGGUCAAGGUAUCGGUGAAGCAGAUGGUCACUAUGGCUGGUUCCAAAAUCAGACUGCUCUGGACUAUUCAUUCAAAGCUGUGGAUGCCAUUAUCACUUUCAUUCAAUCUACUGGUCGCCCAUGUUCCUUUACGCUUGAACCUAUCAACGAGCCCGUCGAUAAUCGCCUCGGCGUUGCAGUCUUUGGCUCGCCAUUUGCUCUUUCUGAUGCAGGUGCUGCGUGGUUGGUCAAAUACACCACAGGAGUCUUACAGCGUGUCAGCAAGGUCAAUGCUAAGAUUCCUGUCAUGUUACAGGAUGGCUUCAAGGGCGAGCGCUACUUCUCAAGCUUCUUCGACAAGAGCGCCAACCUGGUUUUCGACAUCCAUAGCUACUACUUCGCUGGCAGAGGCGCAAGUCCUGCCAAUGUCACUGCGCUGGAAUGUGCGGAUGCGAAGGAUGCCGCCGGUGACGGCAAGUUCCCUGUCUUCGUUGGUGAAUGGUCUAUCGAAGCUCAAUACAACAACACCUUCGCAGCAAGGCAAAAGUUGUUCGCUGCUGGCUUGUAUGCAUUCAGCAAGAAGACUUCGGGGAGUGCGUACUGGACUGCAAAGGUUGCUGGGCCGAACGACGACAAGGUUGAUGGUCAAGGUACCAGAAGCAAUUACUGGAGCUAUGAGAACUUUAUCGAUCUUGGCUUUACCAAGAAGCAGAACCUUAAGGUGGAUGCUGGCUUUUGUAGUUGA